UCCGGAAGGCAAGGUCUUGGUCGGCGGGCGGUCCGGGAGCGGUGGUCUCCAUGGCAACCAGUAGGCCCUGGGUCAGUUGCCUAGUUCCUCACUGCUGUCUCGCCCGCCGCGCCCGCACAAAGACCGCGCGGUGACCGCUCGGGACAGUGCUGCGACCCGGCAACCCCCGCGGGAACCGCCGCCGCCGACUCCCGGGAAGCAGUUCCGGCGGCCGCCGUGACGCGCAGGCCGGGCGCGGCUCCGACCCGCGGGCCAUCUUGGCAGCGGAGGGAGCGGCGGAGCGACAGGUACACACGCCGCCCGCCUGGGGCCAGCCCAGGUGCGGCCGCCUUUGUUCUCCCGCAGGUGGUCGCGUGGCACCCGUGGACAGUGCCUGCUGUCCACCCGUAGGCCGAACUCCGGCAGGUGCAUCCCGCAAAGUUCGGGCAGCGCAGGUCCGCGCAACCCGCAAGGCCCGGGCCAAUCCCAGCCUGCGCAUCCUGGGAGGCUUUCCUGGGAAGGUCUCCUGCACGCCCCGCAAGGCCUGGGCAGGUCCUGCUCGCUCAUGCUGCAAGGCCUGGGUAGGUUCAGCCAAUGCAUCUUCAAGGGCUGAGCAGGUCCAGCUCGAGCAUCCUUAAAGGCCUGGGCAGGUCCAGCCAGCGCCCCACACCUUGACCCUGAGAAGCCUGCAGAAAGGAACAGUGCCUGGGACAGGACCAGCCUCCCCAGGCUUUCCCUCCGAGAGUCUGCCUGGGCACACCUGCUUCAGCACCCACGGCCUUUCAUUCUGGUUUUCCAGCUCCCUGUGGCUUGACCUUGGCCAACAUGGUCCAACCUCAGACCUCCAAAACCGAAAGCCCAGCCUCUGACCCAGGUGCCGGUGCGCAGAUGGAUGACGUGGUUGAUACCCUGACCUCCCUGCGGCUUACCAACUCAGCGCUGAGGCGCGAGGCCUCUACGCUGAGGGCCGAGAAGGCCAACCUUACCAACAUGCUGGAGAGCGUGAUGGCUGAACUUACUCUGCUUCGCACCCGGGCGCGCAUCCCUGGCGCUCUGCAGAUCACGCCACCUGUCUCUGCCAUCACCUCCGAUGGAACCCGCCCCAUGACCACGCCACCCACCUCGCUGCCUGAACCCUUCUCAGGAGACCCCGGCCAGUUGGCAGGGUUCCUGAUGCAGAUGGACAGGUUCAUGAUCUUUCAAGCCUCCCGCUUCCCGGGCGAAGCCGAGAGAGUGGCCUUCCUGGUGUCCCGGCUGACUGGGGAGGCGGAGAAGUGGGCCAUUCCCCACAUGCAACCAGACAGCCCUUUGCGAAACAACUACCAGGGCUUUCUGGCUGAGCUGCGCAGAACCUACAAGUCCUCGCUGAGGCACUCACGGCGCGCGCAAAUCCGGAAGACUUCUGCCUCCAAUAGGGCCGUGCGGGAGCGGCAGGUGGUGUGCCGCCAACUGGCCACAGCUGGCACAGGACCCUGCCCAGUGCAUCCAGCCUCCAGUGGGAGCAGUCCCGCACCGGUCUUGCCCACUCGUAGCCGGAACCUUUAGGGACCCGCCAGCACCCUGGUAGUCUGUGGCCACCCUGGUAGCUAGACUUUCUUGUCAAGGAGAGUUGUCCAUGCAGUACCAUUGCCCUCUUUGAGACACCUUUCACGCCUCUCCUGGUCUACUGGGAGGCUAUCCUGCCAUCUGCAUCGGCCACCCACCCUGCUGUACCGUUUUCUUUGCUAGCUUUACUGCAACUGAGUGCAUGCUCCCCCCCUCUGUUGCUUGCAAUCCCAGCUUCUCCAGUAAUCACAACAGGGCCCCUUGGACAUGUACAUGCCUAGGGACCAUUUAGGCUCACCACCUCUGUCGGCUCAGCUCAUGGAGGACCAGUUUCUGGUGCACUCCCUACAAGCCCCUUGGCAGUUCCCUUCCUGAUCACGCCGGUCUCGCUGAUGAGUUCCGGAUAGAAAGAAGCCAGCUUGGGCCUGGCGGGUGGCUGAUAUCUACCUGAACCAUCCUGCCCACAUCUGGUCACUUUGCAAGGUGGCCAAGUAGCCAAGCCUUCAUUCCAGGGAUACUUUCGUCUGCGGGUGGGGGGGAGUCCGUGUUCCAGCAUACUCUGCUGCUGUUGCUGGGAAGGUCUGUUCCUUCGCAGACACCCCUCCUGCCUCUCCUGUCCACAGAGACUCCUUCACACCUGCCUGUGACUGCCAGUGUCUGACAUUAUCAGGGAAAUCUAGCAUUUGUCUGCCAAGUUAAUCAUGGACUUGGGACCCUGGACAGUUCCAUCAGGCUCAUUCCUGACAUUCAUGCUUCAGUUAUAGCAGACUGAGGGGGCCCCUUGGGAUUCCAUUUGCUACCUAGAUUUCCAGGGAGAGGCCCAAAGCUGUCUGUGCAUUUCUGCCCAUAGGGCCCCAUGGUGGGCCUCAUCUAGCGACAGACUCCCUGUCCACCCAGGUGCCAUGUGGCUCUCAGCCUUUCAACCACUCAUACCAUCUCUAGGGGGCCAAGGAGCCCACGCAACAUACCCUCUCUGUGCCUGGGCCUAAUGUCUAGCCUUUGUCCAAGAAGAAGAGACUGGCUGGGGGCCAGUUCCUCUGGGAGGCCUUAAGCACCUUCAAUAAGAGGGGGAGGGUAGGCCUUUUGCUGCCCCAGUCUGAAGAACUGGUGAAGAGUGACUGACUGCUUUGGUUCUCACAUGUUCCAAUUCUGAGGAGCAAAGUUUUGGCUUCCUCACAGAAGGAUGACCUCAAGACCGUACUCAGACUCAGCCUAGUCUCUGGACAGUGACAUAUCUGUCACAUUUCACUGCCAAAUGAACUGUGUUUACAUGCCCGCCUGGCCCCUUGGGGAAGGCAGGUGCCUCUCCUGGGUUUUCCUGCCUUCCUCUGCACGGCCCUGGCUUGACCACAAACAAAACAAAACAAAACACCUCAGUACCCACCCAAAGAGCCCAGAGGUUGGGGCCUGGAACCUGGCCUCUCCCAGAGACUUCCUCUGUCAUCGGAAAAAGUGACUGAUUCCAAAGCAGCUGCCCUUAAAAGGCCAGGAGUCUUCAAUGCUCGCUGGGCUCCCAGCCCACAGCUACCUGCUCUUUGUUAACUCUCAGCCCAGCAGCCUUGCUGAACAGCGUAGGCCAAGGCACCCUGCUGGCACCACGGUGCUCUACGCAGGUGGAAGACUCCCCAGGGUCCCACUGAGGGUGCCCACCUGUCUCCAGCAGCUGAGCGUCAGGGAUCUUCCAGUAGGGGGGGUCCCCAGAAAAGGGGGACUGGGGGCGGGAGUGUCUUUGGAGGCAAGAGGUAACUGGUGGGUUUCCUUGUGGCCUUCCCAGUCGGGGUUAGAGAGCCACCGGGGAGGCAUGCCACCUGCCCUGGCUCCUUGGACCACUGGGUGCUGAUAUUUUCAUUAGGUUCUGCUUCAGAGCCCUAGGCUGACCCUGCAGUCAGAGCCAUGUAUCUGGCCUGACCCACGUGGAUCACCCUGCUGCAGCGUGUCCACACUGCCUCCGUGGUGGCGCUGGGGCUUGGUGAUUGUUUUGUUUCUUGGUGCUUAUGCUUAUGGGAAUGGGUUGGUGCUGCCCUGCAUUUAGGAUAGUCUCAAUAGCUCUCUGUGGCUUGGAGCCUGGAGCACGUAAGAGAGGGUUUAGGUUUGCCCUCUGCCUUAGACCUGGAAGAACUGCUUUGACUCUGUUUCUGAGGAGCCCAUCGUGGGUCUAGCGGGGGUUCAUGGUUAGUCCUCAGCCAAAAUGAUGAGAUGCAAGGCCCAUGCAGCUCCAAGGGAGGCUAUGAUAACUGGGCCUCGAGCUGAGGAAGAAUAGGGGGGUAGGCUUUGUACUUAUCUUAAGAUUGUAGUUUCUUGAGCUCAGAAGAGAGCAAGGAGAGGGGAGUGGAGGAGUUGGUGUAUGAAGGAGUGGCGUUUCUCUUGGCAUUGACUGUUUCAGCAGUGCUGUACCUGUGUUCCAGACUCUGUGGCACCCAUCUGACUGCCGCUGUCCUCUCCUCCACUGAUGGGCCUGACCAGUUUGUAAGAGCUCCGUAUGUAAUUAAAGAUACAAACCCGG